GGUUGCAUCAGCUCCCGGAUCAGGAAGAAGAAAAUAAUUCCUUCCGCCGGCAAAUAUUAUUACUAGAGCGUGUUAGCCGAGUGUCAUUUUACUGAGGCACUGCAAGUAAAAGAAGAAGUAAAUUCUCGUUACAAUGGAAGACGUUGCGGAUGGUAUUAAACAAAUGAAAGUGGAAGCUGAACAGAAGGGAUGUAAAGAAGGGAAAUGCACUGAUGGUGGGAAGAAGAAAGGUAAACCAACCUCUGACCAGGAUGGCCGUUCAGAGCUGAAACCUUGGCCCAAGUAUAUUGAAGACCGUUUAGCUCUAUACAACAAACUGAAAGAAGAGCAUGAUUUGCUGCUUGCUGAAAAGUCUGCGAAAGAAAGUAAGCCUAUCAAAGUCACUCUUCUAGAUGGGAAGCAGAUUGAUGCAGAGUCUUGGAAAACAACACCUUAUCAGAUUGCUUGUGGAAUUAGCCAGGGGUUGGCUGACAACAUAGUCAUUUCUAAAGUAAACAAUGAAGUCUGGGAUCUAGAUCGUCCACUUGAAGGUGAUUGUAAUUUGGAAUUUCUCAAAUUUGAUGAUGAAGAGGCCCAGGCUGUAUACUGGCACUCAAGUGCCCAUAUAAUGGGUGAAGCAAUGGAAAGAAUUUAUGGAGGUUGUUUAUGCUAUGGUCCACCUAUUGAGAAUGGAUUUUAUUAUGAUAUGUUCCUGGAAAAUGACUGUGUGUCUAGUAAUGAUUUUCCUGCCAUUGAAACACUUUGCAAGAAAAUAAUAAAAGAAAAGCAAUUAUUUGAAAGACUUGAGAUUAAGAAGGAAACUCUGCUUGAAAUGUUUAAGUACAAUACAUUUAAAUGUCGAAUUUUGAAUGAAAAGGUCACCACCCCAACAACCACUGUGUACAGGUGUGGCCCAUUAAUUGAUCUGUGCAGAGGGCCCCAUGUGAGACAUACUGGGAAAAUAAAAGCAAUGAAAAUACAUAAGAACUCUUCUACUUACUGGGAAGGAAAAGCUGACAUGGAGACUCUUCAGAGGAUUUAUGGAAUUUCCUUCCCAGAUUCUAAAAUGUUGAAGGAAUGGGAGAAACUCCAAGAGGAGGCAAAAAACAGAGACCACCGCAAACUGGGCAAAGAACAAGAACUAUAUUUCUUCCAUGAGCUAAGCCCAGGAAGCUGCUUCUUUUUGCCAAAAGGAGCCUAUAUUUACAACACCUUAAUUGAAUUCAUCAGAAGUGAAUAUAGGAAAAGAGGUUUUCAAGAAGUGGUGACCCCAAAUGUGUAUAAUAGCAAAUUAUGGCAGACAUCUGGGCAUUGGGAACAUUACAGUGAAAAUAUGUUUUCUUUUGAAGUGGAAAAAGAAAUCUUUGCUCUGAAGCCAAUGAACUGUCCUGGCCACUGUUUGAUGUUUGACCAUCGACCUCGUUCAUGGAGAGAGCUCCCUUUGCGCAUGGCAGACUUUGGGGUGCUUCACCGCAAUGAGCUCUCGGGGGCUUUAACUGGACUAACCCGUGUCCGCCGCUUUCAGCAGGAUGAUGCACACAUUUUUUGUGCUAUGGAUCAGAUUGAAGAUGAAAUUAAGGGUUGCCUGGAUUUUCUGCGCACUGUCUAUGAUAUAUUUGAUUUCUCUUUCAAACUUAACCUGUCUACUCGCCCUGAAAAAUUCCUUGGUGAUAUAGAAGUAUGGAACCAGGCUGAGAAGCAACUGGAGAACAGCUUGAAUGAGUUUGGAGAAAAGUGGGUGCUUAACCCAGGAGAUGGAGCAUUUUAUGGACCCAAGAUUGAUAUUCAAAUAAAGGAUGCCAUAGGAAGAUACCACCAGUGUGCAACAAUUCAGUUGGAUUUCCAGCUUCCAAUCAGAUUUAAUCUUGCCUAUGUAAGCCCUGAUGGAAAUGACAAAACAAGACCCGUCAUAAUUCACCGUGCGAUCCUUGGCUCUGUUGAGAGAAUGAUUGCCAUUCUAACUGAAAAUUAUGGAGGCAAAUGGCCCCUUUGGCUUUCACCACGUCAGGUGAUGGUGAUUCCUGUUGGUCCCACAUGUGAAGAGUAUGCACAAAAGGUACGUCAAGAAUUCCAUUGUGGUGGUCUUAUGUCUGAAGUUGAUCUGGAUCCGAGCAGCACUCUAAACAAAAAAAUUCGAAAUGCCCAGUUAGCACAAUAUAACUUCAUUUUAGUGGUUGGUGAGAAAGAAAAGAGCAGUGAUACUGUAAAUGUACGUACAAGGGACAACAAAGUCCAUGGUGAACGUUCAGUGAAGGAGUGCAUAGAAAGGCUGAAGCAGCUAAAGACAACCCGUUGCAGAAACGCAGAGGAGGAAUUUUAAAAAUACUACUGUAUUUAGAGGUCAAAAGAAUUUUUGUCCUUUUUUAAAAUUUAUUUGGUCUCCAAUGGUUUGUCAUUACAAAAACUGUCAUACAAUUUAAAAAAAAAAAAAAUCCUAUCAAAUAUAUAACUUUCAUGUGCUUAAUUUUUUUCCUUCAAUUUUUUCAAAUGUUUUUCUUGAUGUUAUGUCAUAGUUUAACAUUUGGUGUAUAAUUAUAAAAUGUUCAAAACUCCUAAUAUAAAAGUUUAAGAACCAUGUAAAAUUCUGUAAUUUUCUAUAAGAACAGGAGUUUAUUUUAAGACAGUUAUUUAUAAAAUCACUUUUACUGCAAACAGUUUGUGUCAAUCAUGAGAAGUGAUUGUAUAUAAAUCUGCAUAAAAAGUUUGCUUUAUAAAAAUACAAUUUUUCCUUUGUUUAAUGAAGUGUUGAUUUACUUGUGAAGGUUUUAAAUUGAGCCAAGGGAUUUAGUAAUUAGUUGGGAAACUUGCAAAAAAAAAAAAACGUCAGAUUUCUUUACAACGUAUGAGCACCGAACAUUUAUUUAAUAUUGGGGCAUUUAAUAAAAAGAGAGAAAGUAAGAGAGACAAAAUAAUAAAGUAUAUAUUCUUGUCUAAUUUAUCUGCAUAUUUUGAAUUUUACUUCCAUUCUUUAUAUUGGUUAUUUGAUUUAAUGGUUAGGACAUCUAAAAAAUGGUAACUUGUUUUACCCUCCAGGAAUACAUUUUCAAUGAUUUUGCAUAUCUGAAUGUUUUUUCAGUUUCAUGUUCAAAACAUGUGCUCACUGUUGCUGAG